AUGAUCAAAGCAGGCACAUUUGCAAAUCUACUCAAACUGCACGAUUUGAACCUGGGCCAUAACCAGAUAGAAAUGAUUCAAGAAGAUUUAUUUCAAAACCUACCCGGACUACAAAAGUUAGACCUGUCCAACAACCAGCUAACAAUGAUUCAGACGCGUACGUUUCACAAUCUGCCUCAGCUGUUCCGGUUGAAACUGGAAGGUAACCAAAUCAAUUAUAAUGCAUUUAAUAAUCUGCCCAAGCUCCAAAUUUUGGACCUUCGGUCAAACCAGAUGUCUGCCAUUAUCCCGUCAGCGUUUUAUUUGUUGCCAUCGCUUCGUACCAUUAAACUUGAAGAUAACCCUUGGUGGGCAUUCAGUAGCGCAGUUUCUGGCAUCAUCGUGAUCAGUGGCGCCAUCUUUCUCGCAGUGUGGUAG